AUGUCACCCAGCAUCCCUUCUGAGCAGUGGGCGCAGGUGAUUGAGAAGCAAGGCUCCGUGACGUACAAGAAGAUCCCCGUGCCCAAGCCCGGGCCCGAUGAGGUCCUCGUCAAUGUCAAGUACUCGGGCGUCUGCCAUACCGACCUGCACGCCAUGAACGGCGACUGGCCCCUGGCCACCAAGCCCUUCCCCCUCGUCGGCGGCCACGAGGGCGCGGGCGUCGUCGUGCAGCUCGGCGAGCUCGCGACCGAACUCAAGAUUGGCCAAAAGGUCGGCAUCAAGUGGAUCAACGGCUCGUGCCUGGCCUGCCCGUACUGCCAGCGCGCCGACGAGCCGCUGUGCGCAAAGGCCACCAUGAGCGGCUACACCGUCGACGGCACCUUUCAGCAGUACGCCGUGGCCAAGGCCGCCCACGUCGCCCGGAUCCCCGACGAGUGCGACCUCGAGGCCAUUGCGCCCGUCCUCUGCGCCGGCAUCACCGUGUACAAGGGACUCAAGGAGUCCGGGGCCAAGCCCGGCGACACAAUCGCCAUUGUCGGCGCCGGCGGUGGCUUGGGGUCGCUGGCCCUGCAGUACGCUUCCGCCAUGGGUCUGCAUGCCAUCGGCAUCGACGGGGGCGACGAGAAGAAGAAGCUCGUGGAGAAGCUGGGGGCCCAGACAUUCAUCGACUUUACAAAGACCAACGACCUCGUCGCGGACGUCAAGGCCGCGACACCGGACGGUCUGGGCCCUUCAGCCUGCCUGCUGCUCGCCGUGAGCGAGAAACCCUUCCAGCAAGCCACAGAGUAUGUUCGUUCGCGCGGUGUCGUGGUCUGCAUCGGGCUACCGGCCAAUGCGUCCAUCUCGGCGCCCGUUUUCGACACGGUCGUGCGCAUGAUCAACAUCAAGGGUAGUUACGUCGGCAACCGCGCGGACACGGCCGAGGCAAUUGACUUCUUCCGUCGGGGCCUCAUCCAGGUGCCCUCCAAGACGGUGGGACUGAGCAAGCUUCAGGAUGUAUACGAGCUCAUGGAGGCGGGCAAGAUCGCUGGUCGCUACGUCGUCGACACGAGCAAAUAG